GUAUCUCCUUCACACCUCGAGAGGUGGGCGAGCAUUUGGUGAAUGUGUACCGGAAUGGCAGGCAUAUUCCUAACAGCCCAUUCAAGAUCUUCGUCGGAGAGACGGAAAUUGGGAAUGCAUCUCGCGUGCGCGUCUACGGCCCUGGACUUCGCGAGGGCGUUGCAAACCAGAACUGUCAAUUCACUGUGGACACAAGAAAUGCAGGCUGCUUGGUGUAA